AUGCUGGUGACCAACAACAACAACAACAACAACGCGAAGAAGCUGAGAGUAAUGGUGUUGCCGAAAUGCGGGACGAGGAAGAUUCCAGUGGAUGUGAACGCUGGCGAUAACGUUGGAGAGCUGAGGAAAGAGCUGGCUAAGAUUCCACAGAGGUUCCAGUUAAGUCUGCCUCAAGAAGGUUACUUCUUUAUAUACAAACAGAAUGUAAUGGAUGAUGAUCGGUCUUUUCGGUCGCACCGUGUUGAUCACGGCGAUACUAUUGAGAUUUUCAACGGAAGUGUUUCCGGUGACUCUUAA